GAGCACAGCCUCGCCAUGAGCUGCCGCAACUGCUCGGGGGAGCCCCAGGUCCUCUGCAGCUCGGGCCAGCUGUUCCUGCAGCCCCUCUGGGACAGCCUACGGACGCGGGAGGCCCUCCUCCUGUCGCCCUUCUUCCCGGUGCUCUUCUCCAUCUCCACCUACGUGGGCUUCUGCCUGCCCUUCGUGCUGCUGGACGUCUUGGGCCCGCGGGCGCCCGCGCUGCGGCGCUACAAGAUCCACCCCGACUUCUCGCCGUCGGCGCGGCAGCUGCUGCCCUGCCUGGGGCAGACGCUCUACCAGCACGUGGCCUUCGUGCUGCCGGUGACGCUGCUGCACUGGGCCUGCAGCCCGGCGCAGCUGCCCCGCGAGGCCCCCGAGCUGCCGCAGCUGGUGCACCACCUCGUGGCCUGCCUGCUGCUCUUCGACGCCGAGUUCUUCGCGUGGCACGUGCUGCACCACCGGGUGCCCUGGCUGUACCGCACCUUCCACAAGGUGCAUCACCAGAACGCGUCCUCGUUCGCGCUGGCCACGCAGUACAUGAGCGUCUGGGAGCUGCUGUCCUUGGGCUUCUUCGACAUGGUGAACGUCACGCUGCUCGGGUGCCACCCGCUCACCGUCCUCACCUUCCACGUGGUCAACAUCUGGCUGUCGGUGGAGGACCACUCGGGCUAUGACUUCCCCUGGUCCACCCACAGGCUGGUGCCUUUCGGGUGGUACGGGGGCGUGGCGCACCACGACCUGCACCACUCGCACUUUAACUGCAACUUCGCCCCCUACUUCACACACUGGGACAAAAUCCUGGGAACUCUGCGGUCCUCGCCCGGCCCCGCGUGGUGA